CCAGCGGAGGUGGGGCCGGGCGGUGCCGUGGGGCAGCGGUGGCAUUUCCGCAGGGUCGUGGCUACGCGGACAGGAGCUCGUCUCGCAGCAGCGGCCGAAGGACGGCUGGCCGGCCCGCCCGAAGAUGACAGACGCCCUGCUGCCCCGCGGCUGCCAGGCGGCGGAGCCGGCGGGGGACGGCUACUUUCGGAAGGGAUGUAAUCCUCUUGCAGAGACUGGACGAAGCAAACUGCAAAAUCAAAGAGCUGUUCUAAACCAACAGAUUUUAAGAGCAGUGAGAAUGAGAGCUGGUGCUGAAAAUCUUUUAAGAGCAACCACCAACAACAAAGUACGAGAACAGGUACUACUGGAAUUGAGUUUCGUAAACUCAGACCUGCAGAUCUUAAAGGAGGAAUUGGAAGGACUUAAUAUCUCAGUGGAAGUUUAUCAAAAUGCAGAAGAGACUUUCAGUAUUCCCUUGGUACCUCUUGGCCUAAAGGAAACCAAAGAUGUAGACUUUACACUCCCCCUCAAGGAUUUUAUUUUGGAACAUUAUAGUCAAGACAGUUCAGAGUAUGAAGAUGAAAUAGCAGAUCUCAUGGAUCUGAGACAAGCCUGCCGCACUCCUAGCCGAGAUGAAGCUGGCAUUGACAUGUUGAUAAGCUAUUUCCUGCAACUUGGAUAUGUAGAAAACAGAUUUUUCCCAUCCACCAGGCACAUUGGAGUUUUAUUUACAUGGUAUGAUUCCUUCACAGGUGUCCCAGUGUGUCAGCAAAAUCUGUUGCUUGAGAAAGCUAGUAUUUUAUUCAACAUUGGAGCUCUGUACACACAGAUUGGAACACGAUGCAAUCGUCAGACCCAGGCUGGACUUGAAAAUGCUGUUGAUGCUUUUCAGAAAGCUGCAGGAGUUUUAAGCUACUUAAAGGAGACCUUUACUCACACACCAAGUUAUGAUAUGAGCCCAGCCAUGCUGAAUGUGCUAGUGAAAAUGAUGCUUGCACAAGCUCGAGAGUGUGUUUUUGAGCAGAUUGGUCUCUCUGGAAUACGCAAUGAGUUUUUCACACUAGCAAAAAUGACACAGGAAGUUGCCAAGGUGGGAGAGGUUUACAUGCUGGUUAACACUGCAAUGAAUCAGGAACCAGUGAAAGAGAAUAUUCCCUAUUCCUGGUCUAAGCUGGCACAAAUAAAGUCAGACCAUUACAGAGCUCUGGCACAUUACUUCAUUGCUACCAUUCUGUGUGACCAUGAAUUGCAGCCUGGUGAUGACGAAGAUGAGCAGGAGAAAGCCUUGUCCCAGCUGUAUGACCGUGUGCCUGAAGGGCUGGUGCUUCUUGCUGUUUUAAAGGACAGAGCUCAGAGAAAACAAUUAGGGAAAGCGCAUUUACGCAAAGCCGUUGUUUACCACGAAGAAGCUCUGAGGGUCUGCGGGCUGUGCAAGAAGCUUCGGAACAUUGAGGUUCUCCAGGAGGUUCUGACAGCUGCACACAAGCGUUCCCUUCUCAAAUAUGCUCAGCAAGAGACAGAAGAUGACUUUCUAAGUCUAAUGCAGGCUCCAGAUAUACUCUCUAAAACAGAACAUAAAAUAGAAACAAUUGCUCCUCAGUUUUCCAAGGUGAAGGUUAAAGACUUCUUUCACAAGCUGGGCCCACUGACAGUGUUCUCAGCCAAGCAGAGGUGGACAGCUCCACGUACCAUUUGCCUUCACCCUGAAGCAGGAGAGCUUGGAUUCAGUCUCAAAGGAGGUUCCCCAGUACAGAUUUACUGUCUUGAUCCAGUUUGUCCUGCAGCAGCAGCAGGCCUUAAAGAAGGUGACUACAUUGUUUCAGUUGGUGGUGUGGAUUGCAAGUGGCUGGGUGUGAAUGAGGUGCUGGAAAAAUUGAAAAGUGUGGGAAAGCAGCCCGUGGAGCUUGAGGUUAUCAGUUGCCAGGAUACAGCGGCAUCUUUGCAUAGCAAGAGUGCAACUUACUCCAUGGGAAUGCAGAAGACAUACUCCUUAAUCUGUUUAGCCAUGGACGAGGAUAAAAUUGAUCAGACCAAGAAAGCCCCACUAAAACUCCCUUUUCUAAGCUGGGGAACUAAAAACAGACAGAAAGCUGCAAGCACACUCUGCCUGCCUUCAGCUGUGGCUGGAAGUUCUCAGAUUAAGAAGAAGCUUUCUCCCUUCACACUCUUGAAUACAGAAAGUUCGUUGUACUGAAUCUUUCAGAAGUAUCUGUUAAUGUGACUUUUGUUCAAAAUGUAGAUAAAAAUACUGACCAUAUUUUAUCUUCAUAUCCCUAUGUAUAAACUCAGACAAAUACUGCUGACUUGGUUUGCUGUGCAUUGAGCCACGUCUGGUCAGAAGAUGGCAGAAACUGUAAAACUGAAAUAUUUGAAGGUUAGAAGGAAGUGGUUUGGGAAGUAUGCAGUAGCAAGAUGUAGAUUAUAGAAUUGCUUACAUGAGGACUGGGCUCCUUUGCAAUUUCAAAAUACAGUUACAACUGAUUUUUCAUAAAAAUAGUUGUAACUAUGCUAGAUGGGAGUUAUUUAUUACAAACUUGAUGCUGAAUACAAAAUAUAUGAGGGGACACAUUGAAGAAUGAUUUGGGUCUUAACGGUUUAGAGUCAAAUCUCCUGAC